AUGGCUCAAACCAACAUCUCGGGUGCUUCGUCCAGUUACAGAGCGGUUUCCGAAAUUGACAAGAACGAUGUGGUGCUCAGCCUCUACGAAGGUUGCAUAGAGAGGGUCGCGGGUGACCUUGUUGCGAGCCAAAGUGUCUGUGUGGCGCGGCUCCUGUCCCACAUGCUCCAAAGCAUCGCGACAGUCGCCGAAGAUUACCACUUGGUGACUGAGGCCAGAAAUAACGGUUCUAUCACUACUUCGGCUGCAAAUGCUCGCAGAGGCGUUCCCUCGGAGCAACGGGGCUCGCAAAGGCCCGAAGAACGGAUGGAAAUCCGUGCCACCGAUACUGGGAAGCCAAGCACUCACCUGAAAAACGGACAAGCGCAUGAAAUGAACGUUCGUCGGGACGACACUUCACUGUACAUUCACACGAAUGGCUCGCAUGCCGUCGCUGGAUUCGGUAGCGACCCCGAAACCUCGAGAGCCAAGAGGGACGAGGAGGGUGAUUUCGCAUUCACCAUUGUGCAAGGAGUCAAGAUUCAAGCACAAGGACUGGAGGGGAGCCGGCCGGACGGGUGUAUGCAAGACCUCAUUGCUUACGCAUACUCGAUCGCAUUUGCAAUCCAGGACUUCAAGUACAGUAACUCGUGGAGAUACGCAGUUUGCGACAAGGUGGGCAAAGAACUUUUCUAUGGGAGGAUCGUAGUAGAGAUCGACGCUUUCGACGCCAGCUUCGAGACUGUGGAGUCACCGGGCUGCCCACCAGCGUCUCAAUAG